AGAGAGAGGCUGGCGGCCGUUGCAGGUUUGAAUUUUUCCGGGGCUGCAGCGGCGCUGCCGUUGUGACGCGGGUUCGCGCUGUCGCCUCGGAGCCGGGACCGAGGCGCUCCGGGCUUAAAGAUGUCACAGAACGGCGACGAUGAGUGGGAGCUGAGCAAGGAGAACGUGCAGCCGCUGCGGCAGGGCCGGGUCAUGACCACGCUGCAAGAGGCCCUGGCUCAGCAGGACACCUCCAGACACACUGCUGCUCAGAUCAGAAAACAAGAAUUUGAAUCAGAAAUCAGAUUUUACUCUGGAGAUGAUCCACUGGAUGUCUGGGACAGGUACAUCAAGUGGACUGAGCAAACCUUCCCCCAGGGUGGAAAGGAGAGCAAUCUCUCUGCAGUAUUGGAAAGGGCGGUGAAAGCUCUCAACAAGCAGCAGAGAUACUACCAAGAUCCUCGCUAUCUAAGUCUCUGGCUCAAAUUUGGAAAUUGCUGUAAUGAACCCUUGGAUCUGUACAGUUAUCUGCAUAGUCAGGAAAUUGGUACAACAUUGGCACAACUUUAUAUUACAUGGGCAGAAGAACUUGAGGCUAGAGGAAGUUUUAAGAAAGCAGAUACAAUCUUCCAGGAAGGCCUUAAUCGCAGGGCAGAGCCUUUGGAUAAACUCCAGUCUCAUCACAGGCAGUUUCAGACCCGUGUUUCUCGGCAAACACUACUGGGGCUUGAGGAAGCUGCUGAUGAAAAAGAUACGGGUCUUCUGGGAACUGAAGAACCUCAGAGGAGCACACUGGCAGAUCUAAAAGGCAGGGGGAAGAAAAAAGUGAGAGCUCCAAUUAGUCGUGUAGGAGAUGCACUUAAAGCCACAAACCAAAACAGAAGUUUCCAGACUCCUCAGCAGCUUUCAAAUAAUGUGGGUUUUGCUGUGUUUGAUGAAAAUUCUGCUUCAGCUUCUGGACCUGAGAUUCCCAUACUUACUCCACAGCAUUGGACAGAACCGCCAGCUCCAAGGGCCAAGGAGAAUGAAAUAAGCGCAGGGCCUUGGAACUCUGGGAGGGUAAGGAGACUCAAAAUAGAGCCUGGCAAAAAGAGGAAGAUGUAUGUAAGCCAAUGUCUUUAUCCAAUCCCUGAGACAAAGAUUGUGUUCUUUCACACUUCACUGGGAUUUAUUUCUACAGGCAGCUGUAGAACUUUCUAAUUUCUUCCUGAAGAC